AGUUGCUGAGGCUUGCGGUUGUUUGAUGUACGCACGUGUGACUUAGCUUAUCGUGCUGACUCUUUGUUUCCAUAGAGCGUACAACGGAUGAUUCAUCCCACUAGCAUGCCGCCGUCUUUGAUGUCAGUAUGUGGAACCUUGCACCACCGAAGCAAUUGGCCAAGUCUUUUUGGCCAAGCUCAAGGGUUCUGGCCUCACGCACCCGACGGUCGCUAACAGCACCGCCUCUCCCAGCCCUCCAGAACGCGAUGGCGCGCUCCAGCUUUGGCGCCCUGGUCCUCGCCGCGGCGGCCGCGUGGCUACUGUCCGCGACCCUCUCGCCGGCCUUCGCGGGCACGAGGGCUCAGACGGCUUCCCGGGCUGACCGCGUGGCCAGGCAAGCCGGGUCCGAGAUCAUGCUCACCGCUCCCUCGAUUGGCGGUCGCUACCGCGUGAUCAUCGACGAGAGCACCACGGUGGAGUCCUGCCUCACCAAGUUCAGGAAGAUCUUCGAGAUCGACCAGGACUUCCUCAAGGACAGCGACUUCAACGUCUACCUGAAGGAGGACGAGAGCAAGCCGAUCUCCGGCAAGAUCGCGGACCACACCAAGCUGCGCCCUUGGGGGCCGGACGGCAUCGAGCUGCACAUCUACUACGAGCCGAAGUGAGCGGGGCGAGAUCGUUUCGCUAACACCGCCCCUCCCAGCCCUCCAGAACGCGAUGGCGCGCUCCAGCUUUGGCGCCCUGGUCCUCGCCGCGGCGGCCGCGUGGCUGCUGUCCGCGACCCUCUCGCCGGCCUUCGCUGGCACGAGGACUCAGACGGCUUCCCGGGCUGACCGCGUGGCCAGGCAAGCCGGGUCCGAGAUCAUGCUCACCGCUCCCUCGAUUGGCGGUCGCUACCGCGUGAUCAUCGACGAGAGCACCACGGUGGAAUCGUGCCUCACCAAGUUCAGGAAGAUCUUCGAGAUCGACCAGGACUUCCUCAAGGACAGCGACUUCAACGUCUACCUGAAGGAGGACGAGAGCAAGCCGAUCUCCGGCAAGAUCGCGGACCACACCAAGCUGCGCCCCUGGGGGCCGGACGGCAUCGAGCUGCACAUCUACUACGAGCCGAAGUGAGCGGGGCGAGAUCGCUUCGCGGAGCGAGGGCGGAGGAGCCAGGAUUUUAGUAAGCGCUCGCUCGAAGAAAUACCCUGGCGAAGGACCCAUGUGCAUGGUGGCGGAUUACCGCUUGUCGACACCAGUGGCCCCCCUCAAAGUAUAACCGUAUCCGCGCCGAGCGAGGACACUCAAA